GACCAAUUCAAAGUUAGUAGACCCAUGGAUGUCAUCCUGCUCACUCUUAGGCGCCCCCUAGUAUAGGGGUAGGUAAUUAGAAAUCAAAGCGAAUGAGUUUUAUGGUCCGAAAAUCAGAAUGUGGUUAGCUUCCCUGCCAGUCGAAUAUAGCCGGCGGUUUAACGGAAAGUUCAAUCUAAAUGGAGCCAGUAUCUUCUUCUCCGAAGGUCACUCUUCUCGCAGAUGAACCCCAUGGGGUUAAGACCAAUUUCUACUUCGGUAGAGAUCGGGUAGAGGAACCCCGGAAACUGGGAAGAGUGCUGUGGGAUGAAGGCAUCUCUGCUGCGAGAAAACGGCAUGCUGGCAUCGAUUUGGGAUUAUGAUUGGCUCGAGAGGUUUCGAUAUUGGAUCAUGAUGCUGAUUUUGGAGUCGAAGACCGAGCAACGGGGUACGGGCACCCUCAUGCGAUUGGGCUCUCGUUAUGAACAUUACUCCAUCGGACGAAAUCUCGAGAAGCUUCUCAGAGCAACGCUGUGGUAUUGGGCUGCUCUUCAACUUGGGAUAUAAACCCCGGAUACUGGGACCUAUACGCUCGAUUAUCUUGCAACUGCCAAGUGUAGAUCUCUCAGCACACAGCGACGAUCCUUCGUGACAAUGGCGCCUUCUAGUCUUCUAUCAUCUGCUAUUAUUUCCACUCUGCUUUCGGCAGUCAGUGUACGAGCUCAUGGCAUUGCCAGCGCCAUCGUGAUAGAUAGCACGUUCUACAAUGGCUACAACCCAAGCUAUCAAUAUCAGAGCCCACCCCCUACUGUAGUUGGAUGGUCUGUCCCGGACGAUUUGCAAAACACGUUCAUCUCCCCUGACAAGUUUGCUACCCCCGAUAUGGUAUGCCAUCUAGGCGCCACGCCAGCAGGUGCGGCUGCUCCCGUGAAGGGAGGCGAUGUAAUCGAGGUGCAAUGGACGCCGUGGCCUCUCUCGCAUAAAGGACCUGUCCUAGAUUAUCUUGCAAACUGCAACGGGCCCUGCGAAACCGCCGACAAGACCAAGCUCGAGUUCUUCAAGAUCGGCGAGGCUGGCUGGGUUGACCAAGCCAGCGACCUGUGGGCGGCCAACGUGCUCACCAACAAUAACAACAGCUGGCUGAUCCGGAUCCCCGAGGACAUCGCUCCAGGCAACUACGUGCUCAGGCACGAGAUCAUCGCGCUCCACGCCGCAGCCAGCCCCAACGGCGCGCAGUCCUAUCCGUUCUGCUACAACCUCGUCGUCGACAGCGAAGGCACCGCCAACCCCGGCGGCGUCCCGGCCACCGAGUUCUACAAGGCCGACGACCCGGGCAUCAAGUUCGACUUGUUCUCGCACCCGACGACAUACGUGAUCCCUGGCCCUGCCUUAUACAGCGAAGCGCUUCCUGUGAGUCAGACAAAGCCGGGGCCCAUCACAGCCACAGCCACCGGCGUGUACGCAUUUACCGCCGCGGCGGUGCCGUCGGCAGCUCAUGUCAAGGAUGCGUUCGCGACGCAAGAAGCUUCUGCUUCCGCUUCUGCGCCUGCGCCGACUACCCUGGUGCCUGCAGCUCGCGUGGCGUCGCCUGCAACGCCCCAAGUCACCCCGGCGACGUCGUGA